CCAGCACAACAGUUUUCAAUUCUCUAUAUAAAUAGAAAACAUAGCCUUGUAAUUUUCUCCACAUUUCAAUAUGAAUAUAUUCUCUACUAUUUGGUUAUUGCCUCUCUUCACUUUCAUUUUUGUCAAUGAUAUUCUUCCUAUUGAAGCUACUCACCAUGUUUAUAGAAACCUUCAAUCUUCUGAUGAUUCAACAGAUCAACCUUACAGAACUGCUUAUCAUUUCCAACCUCCCAAGAAUUGGAUCAAUGAUCCUAAUGGACCAUUGAUUUACAAAGGACUCUAUCAUCUAUUCUAUCAAUACAACCCAAAAGGUGCAGUUUGGGGAAAUAUUGUGUGGGCACAUUCAAUUUCAACUGAUCUAGUUAACUGGACCCCACUAGAUCCAGCCAUCUUUCCAUCUCAACCGUCGGAUGUAAAUGGUUGUUGGUCAGGAUCAGCCACAAUAUUACAUGGUAACAAACCAGCUAUUUUGUACACUGGAAUUAAUAAAUUUAAUCACCAAGUACAAAAUAUAGCAUACCCUAAAAAUUUAAAUGACCCUUUUCUUAGGGAAUGGAUUAAGUCACCAAAAAAUCCAUUAAUGGAACCAACUAUUGAAAAUAAAAUUAAUGCAAGUUCAUUUAGGGACCCUACUACUGGUUGGUUAGGAAAAGAUGGACAUUGGAGAAUACUUGUUGGUAGCAAAAGAAAUACUAGAGGAGUUGCAAUUUUAUAUAAGAGUAAAGAUUUUAUUAAUUGGAAUAAAUCAAAACACCCUUUACAUUCAGCUAAGGGUACUGGAAUGUGGGAGUGUCCUGAUUUUUUUCCAGUUUUGAAAAUUGGUAAAUUUGGUGUUGACACAUCAUUAAAUAAUGAUGAUGUUAGACAUGUUUUGAAGGUUAGUUUAGAUGAUAAAAAACAUGAUUAUUAUUUAAUUGGGAGUUAUAAUGAAGGAAAAGACAAAUUUACCCCUGAUCAUGGGUUUGAGGAGGUUAGUAGUGAACAUGUUUUGAGAUAUGAUUAUGGAAAAUAUUAUGCUUCAAAAACUUUCUUUGAUUAUGGGAAGAAUAGAAGGAUUUUGCUUGGUUGGGUUAAUGAAUCUUCAAGUGUUGCUGAUGAUAUCAAGAAAGGAUGGUCUGGAAUCCAUACAAUUCCAAGGGCAAUAUGGUUGCACAAGUCAGGAAAACAGUUGGUACAAUGGCCAGUUGUGGAACUUGAGAAGCAACGACUAAAUCAUGUUAACUUGCCCACCAAAUUUCUCAAGGGAGGUGAACUGUUGCAAAUUAAUGGUAUCACAGCAGCACAGGCUGAUGUUGAAAUUUCAUUUGAAGUGAAUAACAUCAGAGAUGCUGAAGUUUUGGACAAGUGGACAGACCCUCAAAUUUUAUGUAGCCAAAGUUCAUCAAGGAAAAAUGGAUUGGGACCUUUUGGUCUUCUUGUUUUUGCUUCAAAGGGAUUGAAAGAGUUCACAUCAGUGUUUUUUAGAAUAUUCAAACACCAACAAAAACCUUUGGUCCUCUUUUGUAGUGACCAAAGCAGGUCUUCUUUGAAUAAAGAUAAUGAUCUGACCACUUAUGGAACUUUUAUUGAUGUGGAUGUUCUGAAUGUGAAGCUGUCAUUGAGAAGUUUGAUUGAUCACUCUGUGGUAGAGAGUUUUGGAGGAGAAGGGAGAGCAUCCAUCACAGCCAGAGUUUAUCCCACAUUGGCCAUCAAUGAUAAAGCAUUACUUUAUGCUUUCAAUAAUGGAACUGCUGGUGUAAAGAUCACAAGCUUGAAUGCUUGGAGCAUGAAGAAAGCACAAUUAAAUGGAAAGUUAUAAGCAGAAAGUAGUAGUGGAAUACUUGAUUGAUUUCAUAUAGUAAAAGUUCAUAUUGAGUUCUUCAAGUAUCUUUUCUUUUUAAUAUUGUUUCUGAUUAUUCUUCCUUAUAGUAUCUUGAAAUAUCAUCAAUGUGACACUAUGUAAUGACUAAUUGAUUAACAUGCAUCAAUAACAUGGAAAAGAAUAAAGAACACUUCCAAUAAACGCCUAUAAAAAGAAGAUCAAAUGGAGCUUUAUCUGCAUCCAAAAGUUUUUUUCA